GGCGGGGCCCGCGGGCGCCGGUAGCCCGGAGCUGGCAGGGAGUACGGCGAGCCGGGCUGGAGCCCGGGGGCGGUGCUGCUCGGCCCCCUCCGCCCCCUCCGGGGGGCCCGGCGUUGACGGUAGCGGGCUCUCGGUGCUCUUCAAGAAGAUGCACUUGUUCCGGAGCUCCAGCUACGAGAUCCGGCUGGAGGGCGAGGGGGGCAGCUUGCCCCGCAUCCAGGGCAUCCGCUGGACCCCUCUUUUGGACACUGAAUCCACUCUGGAUUAUGGACACAGCCUUACCCAGGCAUCCUCAGAGAAGAUCUGGCGAGCCGGGAAGCUCCUCUUUAGCCACCUCACCAGCACCCACCCCAGCCUCAUCCGGGACCACAAGCAUCACCUGCGGCAUUACAGGCAGUGCUGCUCCGGGAAGGAGCUGGUGGACUGGCUGCUGAGCGCUGGGCUCACCAUCCAGACACGUAGCCAGGCCAUCGGCAUCUGCCAGGUGCUGGUGGACGGAGGUGUCCUGACACAUGUGAAGCAGGAGUGGCAUUUCCAGGACAAGGAAACCCAGUUUUACCGUUUUGCUGAGCUGGAGCUGAGCCCUGAGCUUGGUGCUGGGCUCCGGGAUGCGGAGGAGCUGCUGGAGGCACUGGCCUUCCUAGCCCAGCUGGGUCCUGAUGCGCUGCUCACCAUGGCUCUGCGCAAGCCGCCUGCCCAGCGCACAGAGGAUGAGCUGGAGCUUAUAUUUGAGGAGCUCCUCCACAUCAAAGCUGUGGCUCAUCUCUCCAACUCAGUGAAGCGGGAGCUGGCAUCCGUGCUGAUGUUUGAGUCGCACCAGAGAGCAGGCACCGUGCUGUUCAGCCAAGGAGAUAAAGGCACAUCAUGGUACAUCAUCUGGAAGGGCUCGGUGAAUGUGGUCACCCAUGGCAAGGGCUUGGUGGCCACCCUGCAUGAGGGGGAUGACUUUGGGCAGCUGGCGCUGGUGAAUGAUGCACCCCGUGCAGCCACCAUCAUCCUGCGAGAGGACAACUGCCACUUCCUCCGUGUGGACAAGCAGGACUUCAACCACAUCCUCAAGGAUGUGGAGGCCAACACCAUGCGUCUGAAGGAGCACGGGAAGGUGGUGCUUGUCCUGCAGAAGAACCUGCAGGGUGGCAGCAGCCAGCCAGCCGAGGCACGGAGCAGCAGGUACUUGGUGAUGGCCGGGACGCCAGAGAAGAUCCUUGAGCAUCUGCUGGAGUUCAUGAGGCUCGACGCCACGCUCUAUGACCCCGUGGAUACCCUGUUGGGGGACUUUCUGCUGACUUACACUGUGUUCAUGCCGACCUCGCAGCUCUGCAGAGCUCUGCUGCACCAUUUCCGUGCGGAGCCGCUGGAGGGUUCGGAGCAGGAGAAGGCCACCUACUCCCUGCACAAGCGUCGGAAGAUCCUGCGGCUGGUGAGCCAGUGGGUGCUGCUCUACGGGCGGCUGCUGCAGGGCGACCGCAGCACCACAACCCUGCUGCAGAACCUCGCGGACCUGGCGAGCCAGGACCCCCGCCUGGGAGGUCUGGUCCAGGAGCAAGCACAGGACCGCCGGCGGCCACGAGUGCUGGAGAAUGGACACAGCAGUGUUUCUCCCCAGCCUAAGGUAGAGGCGGCCCUGGGAGGUGUCAGGGCACCGGGGGGGUGGAGAGCUGGGUCACACCUGCCCUCUGGGGACCCCCAGCAGGAGGGGUGGCCAGUGGGGGGGCACUGUCCCUGCUCUCUCCCACCUUGGCCACAGACUCGGAGUUCAGUGAACUGGCUCACAAGCCAGGAGGAAGCAGUUUUGAACAGCAGUUGUGCUUUAAGAGCCCAGGACAAAGUGCCCUACGAGAUCUACAGACCGGACCACUCAUGCCUGAUCACAGUGCUGCCCAUCAACGCCUCGGUGCAGGACAUCCUGCGGUCCCUCGCCCCCCAGCUCGGCCAGGAUGGGGAGCACAUCCUGGUGAAGGUGAAUUCGGCCGGAGACAAAGUGGGGCUGCAGCUGGAUGCCGUGGGGGUGUUCACAGCGCUGGGGCUCAAUGAGAGGCUCUUUGCCGUGAGCGUGGAGGAGCUGGACAGUCUGACCCCCCACCCCGAGCAGCUGGGCCCCCAUGUCGGUUCCUCAGAGACCCUGGACCUCAUCAGCUCCAAGGACCUGGCCAGCCACCUCACUGACUACGACUGGAACCUCUUCAAGAGCAUCCACCAGGUGGAAAUGAUCCACUACAUCAUCGGGCCACAGAAAUUUCACGAUGUAACCACGGCCAACCUGGAGCGGGUCAUGCGGCGGUUCAAUGAGCUGCAGUAUUGGGUGGCCACAGAGCUGUGCCUCUGUCCCGAGGUGGGCAGGCGAGCCCAGCUCCUCCGCAAGUUCAUCAAGCUGGCUGCACACCUCAAGGAGCAGAAGAACCUGAAUUCCUUCUUCGCAGUGAUGUUUGGUGUGAGCAACACAGCUGUCAGCCGCCUGGCCAAGACCUGGGAGAGGCUGCCCCACAAGAUCCGGAAGCUGCAUUCUGUGCUGGAGCGGAUGCUGGACCCAUCAUGGAACCACAGGGUCUAUCGCCUGGCCGUGGCCAAGCUGAGCCCCCCCAUCAUCCCCUUUGUGCCUCUUCUCCUCAAAGACAUGACAUUCAUCCAUGAGGGCAAUCGCACGCUGGCUGAGAACCUCAUCAACUUUGAGAAGAUGCACAUGAUGGCAAAGACUGUGCGUGUCCUGCAGCGCUGCCGGGGCCACGCACAUGCUCCACUCUCCCCACUGCGAAAUCGCUCCCCUCACCGGACAGAGGACCCCAGGGCCGUCAGGAUCUCCACGUGCUCAGAGCAGUCCCUGAGUAUGCGGAGCCCCGUCUCCACCUGGGCAUACCUGCAGCACCUGAAAGCCAUCGACAGCCAGAAGGAGCUGCUGCGGCUUUCCCACGACCUGGAGUCCUGACGGGCCGGAGGGGUCCCUGAGCGGGGAUGGGGCAGCCUGUGUGCCGGCAGCGGGGGCAGCCCUGUGGCUCUGCUCACUGCAGCACUGGGCACAGGGCUGCGCAGGAGCCAGCCGAGAGCAGCCUCUGCUUGACUGUGCCACUGGCUGCAGUCACCAGGGUGGCACCAGGGGUGGCACCACGAGGCAGCCGGGAGCCCACGUGGACUGCAGGCAGGCAAGGGCCACGGACAGCAGAGUAAGCAACAAAGGUAUUUUUGUAUGCAAAGCUGCACUCCCUUUUCUUCUCCUUGCAGCAGCCUGGAUUCAUUCCCUGCACCGGCCAAGGGGGAGGAAGGAGCCAUGGCUGCCCCCUGAUGCUGCCUGUCCUGGAGGUGCUGGGCUGGAAGACGCCCCCUCCUCCUGGAGGGACUUAAGCCAGAGCAUCCCUGUGAGCACGGAACACUACGUCUGUCUCCAUCGGGAUGCAGACACCAGGCUGAGCUCAGGGUCUAGCUUGUGCUGCCCCACAGAUCCUGGGGACAGCCUCAGAGGAGGCUGCCCUUCACUCUGUCCUGUGUGUCCCAUGGAUGGUGCUGGCUGUGUCCACUGUUCCAGUCUCAGGGAUGCAGGAAAAGUAUCUCAAUCCCCACCCCAGAACUGCUGGGGCUUAAACCAGCCCAUGCUGCCAAACCUUGGCCUAAUCAUAGCUUUCUCCGUGCCUCAGUUUCCCCACAUGGAUGGGGGCAGGAAUAGAUGUGUACAGCUGUGGUGCAGAGGCAGGACAGCAUCCAUCACGGAAGGAGGCUGUGGUGGCCUCAUAAUGGAGGUGGUAAUCUGAUCUGGCCGUUCCCAACCCAUGACCAGUUGUUGCUGGGCUGCAAACAGGAUUUGGGGGAGAUGGCUUUGAAGGAGGCAGAGCUGAUGGACCCCAGAGGUGGGGACCCCCAUCCCUCCCUCCGGAGCACCUCUGUAUGUGCAUGGAGCAGUUUUAGCAAUGACCUUCCCAACACUCCGAGCAGGCCUGGAUGAAGCUAUGGGGUUCAAGGGAGAUCACAACCCUUAAGAGCUCCCAUGUUUGCAGGGUACCAGCACGGGGGAGGCUCACAGCCCCUGGCAGGUCUGUGUCCCAGCCGGGAUGCCUCAGAGCCGCAGCACCAAGCCCCAAGCCAAAGCUCCCCUCCCCAGCACAGCUGGGCUACAAGGGACCAAGGCACUGCUGCAUCAAUUUCUCUUUUCAGUCUCACUAUGCAGAUGAAUGGGUUGCUUAAAAUAAAAGUCCCCAUCACACCUAAAUAA